UAAAGUGAGCAUAAAAUUCAACAAACCCUUCUGAAGAAAGUGACUUUUCUUAGUCCUAUUAAUACUCUCUCUCUCUCUCUCUCUGCAGAUCUGUUACUUCGUUUUCUCCAUCUUUCUCUUCUUCUUUUCCUCAGAUUCCAUUAACCUUCAAAAGUUUUAUGUAAAUUCUCUGUACACAAAAUUUGCUUUUCUUCUCUCUCAAUACUUAUAAAGAGAAACAGAGCUUUCUUCUCUUUCAUUGUUCCUUUGCUCAGCAUUGCAGCUUUGUUGAACUAAAUGGGGAGACAUUCUUGCUGUUACAAACAAAAGCUAAGAAAAGGGCUUUGGUCUCCUGAAGAAGACGAGAAGCUUCUCAAUCACAUCACUAAUCACGGCCAUGGCUGCUGGAGCUCUGUCCCUAAACUCGCUGGUUUGCAGAGGUGUGGAAAGAGUUGCAGACUAAGAUGGAUCAAUUACUUGAGACCUGAUUUAAAGAGAGGAGCUUUCUCUCCAGAAGAAGAGAGUCUCAUCGUCGAGCUUCACGCUGUCCUCGGAAACAGAUGGUCACAAAUUGCGGCAAGGCUUCCGGGAAGAACCGACAACGAGAUCAAGAAUCUAUGGAAUUCAAGCAUCAAGAAGAAACUGAAACAAAGAGGCAUUGAUCCAAACACACACAAACCCAUCGCUGAAGUUGAGAGCUUUAGUGACAAAGACAAACCAACGAGCAACAACAAAAGAAGCAGCAACGACCACAAGUCUCCAAGUUCCUCCUCUGCAACUAACCAAGACUUCUUCCUCGAAAGGCCAUCUGAUUUCUCCGACUACUUCGGGUUUCAGAAGCUCAACUUCAACUCCAAUCUUGGGCUCUCUGUUACAACAGAUUCUUCUUCACUCUGCUCCAUGAUUCCAACGCAGUUUAGCCCCGGAAACAUGGUUAGUUCUGUCUUUCAGACGCCGGUAUGCGUGAAGCCCUCGAUUAGUCUUCCUCCGGACAACAGCUCAAGUACUGUCUCCGGAGCAGAUCAUGUGAAAUUGGCUGCACCUAACUGGGAAUUUCCGAUAAACAGCACCUCCCAUUUCUUCGACAAUGGCGGAUUCUCAUGGUCAAUCCCAAACUCUUCUCCUUCGCUAGUCAAACCCAAUCAUAACUUGGAGGAAAUAAAAUGGUCAGAGUAUUUGAACACACCGUUCUUCAGUGGGAGCAAUGUACAGAGUCAAAGCUCUCAACCGAUCUACGUUAAAUCAGAGACAGAUUAUUUAGCCAAUGUUUCGAACAUGACAGAUUCUUGGAGCCAAAGCCAAAACGAGAAUUUGGGCGCAAAUGAAGCUAGUGACGUGUUCUCCAAGGAUCUUCAGAGAAUGGCCGUCUCUUUUGGUCAGUCCCUUUAGCUUUCUUUUUCUUAAUUCUAACAGAUUUAGAGAACAAAAAAGAUAUACAAUACAUACAUACGUACAGUGGAUUUGAGUGUUCUGUAUAUUCAUGGGUAAGAAAAUCGAGCUGUCUUUUUUUAUUUAUUUUUAAGUGUGUUUUAUACGUCAACUAUUCUUCUUUCUUUUGCAAACCUUUCAUUCUCAUACUAUAUACUUUUUUUUUUGUUGUAAGAGAUUAUGAUGUAUAUUACUCUCGAUGAUUUCAGAGGUUUGUGUUUGCAAUUAAUCU